AUGAUUUGGUUGUCAGAAUUACAAAAAUUCGGUGUCGCGUUCACUGCCGCCGGGGUGCUUUUCUUUAUCUUUGGGGUGCUAACCUUUUUUGACGCUGCUUUAUUGGCGCUUGGGAAUAUCUUAUUUGUCAUAGGGUUGAUCUUGAUCAUCGGGCCGCAAAAGACUGUUGCGUUCUUCACUAGACCGCAGAAACGCAGGGGCACCAUCUGCUUUGUCAUUGGGAUCAUGCUCAUUUUGUCCAAAAGAUCCUUCAUUGGUUUCUUUGUCGAAUGUUUCGGGAUUUUGGGAUUGUUUGGCGACUUUUUCGCAGUUGUCGUUCAGUUCUUGCGAUCCCUUCCGUACAUUGGUGAUGUCUUAAGCCAUCCAGCUGUGGCACCAUUUAUCGACAGAAUUGCCGGUGUUAACCACUUGCCUGUGUGAGCAGCAUGACUGAAGGGGCUCCAACGAGGUUUGAGCUAUAAUGUGGUAAGAGGUCAAGUUCUGGGGAUACGGUUUCGCUACGUUGGUGGUGACCUUUUAUCGUCUAUUGUACAAUAAUCCUACAUAUGUAAUAUAUUCCAGAGUAAUAAGUGGGGGUUUAUUGUGUAUAUUAGCUGUUUCAGUCAGGAAUGUCCUUUCAAAGGGGAUUGUUCCCGAUAUUAUCAGGAUGUGUGUUUCCCCUCCUUCUAUAGAUAGGGCUGUAUCGAUUGAGAAUGGAUAACGCACUUCCACUUGGCACCUUACCUAGUUUAACUUUAAUUUAAGUCUGCGAC